GGGGCAAGUUGGGCCUCACCAUUAGGUCGAGGUUGAGAUACUAGGGUGAGUCCAAGUGGUCUCGACCGAGUCCCCAGAACACUGCUGUAGAAGGGGAAAACAAGAAACAAAAAGGAUGGAGAGGGUUUAGAGAGUAAAGAACUACAGAGAAAAGCUCCGCUAUCAAGAUGGUGAUAAAAGACUCGGCUAUCAAGAUUUCUGGAAAAAUCCUUUCCACUGUUCAACAGAUUUUUUGUUCAUUCUCGUUCCUAUUGAUGCCUUCAACUACCAUCAUGAUAUCUUCUUCUAGUGCAUUUUGUUUGAGUCAUUUUUUCUUAUUGCAGUUGAGAACCACAUAUAUUGAUUUAAAUUACAUUUGGGUAAAUGAACAGAGUGUGUAAAAAUCUGUUUACUGGUUUCAUAUUUCAUUUUUUCUUUAUUUUGCGAGAUAGGGAAUUUGUGUAGGGUUUCUUCUUGAUGGAUUUGUUCCACUCUUCUUUCAGCGAUCUUCUCUUUCAAAGAAGUUGCAAGUCUUCAUUUAUGAUUUGUAAUGUUUGUUGGAUUAUACAAAGCUCUAGGCUGUUUCUGUAAGCAUGAACUUGGAACCAUUUUCUGUGAUUUGCAAAUUUCAGUCGCAUUUCAGCGAUCUUCUCUUUCAAAAAAGUUACAUGUCUUUAUUUGUGAUUUGUAAGGUCUCUUGGAUUAUACAAAACUAUAGGUUGUUUUUGUAAGCAUGAAAUUGGAACCAUUUAUUGUGGUUUGCAAUUUUUCAGUCGCAUUGUUUGUGACCAUUGACUGUUUUGUGAACAUAUCAAGUGGUUUUCACGUCUUCUUUUUUUCCCCCCGAAAAAUCACAGAAUCCACCCAGAUAUACCAUUGUCUGUGAAUUAAAAUUCUCUUGCAUUCAUUACCCUAAUUUUUUAUAUUUUUUUUCACUCCACCGCCGAGGCUCUUUUAGUAUAAUUUGUGAUGAAAAUGCCCUUUUCAAACGAAAUUAUAAAAUCAAUUGGAAAGUGCUAUCUCUUUAACCUCCAUCUCUCUCUCUUCCUCUUUCUCCCCCCUCUCAUGCUCUUUUCGUCAUCCUCUUUGUCUUUCUCAUCCAUAGAUUCAAAGGGAGAAGAGGAAGAACUCACAGAAAAGAGAGAAACGGAAUCGAAGGGAAGAGUUUAGAAGUUUUUCAAAGGGAUUAUUUACCAGCGACCAUAGCUCCCUCUCAUCGAACCCUACUUUCUUCCCCUGCUGCUCUUGCAAGAAACAAACGAGACCACCUCGUUGCUCUUUGCAAUACAGCCAUGUUACUCUCUCUCUACAAAUCUCCUACCCUUGUCUAACCGUCACUCUACUUCUUCGCCUCAAGCUACCUCUGCAAUGGAAGCUACGACCAUGGCGAAAUUCAUUCUAACACUCAUUACCCAUCUUCAUCUACACAUCGCAGGAUUCCACAAGGUCUCAUUCCACUGAUUUCAUUUAGAAAAAUCGCUUAAAGAUGAGUAUUUGCUAUCAGUAUCAAGUGUUCGAACCAGAUGCGAAACAUUGCUGUGAAUUCAAUCCCAGAUGGAGCUGUAGCCGUUGAAUAAGAGAUACUCACCGGUUUUUCCUCUUUAGUUCUUACUAUUUCAAUGAUACAUUGAGAUUUCAAAUUCUUUUAUUAUGUUUUGGGGCUUUUGGAGGGAAAGGAUUUGGGAUGGGAGAGGGGAGGUGGUGGUGUAGAUUAAUGGCAGCAACUUUGGGCGGUGGAGACUUGAAGGGUACAUCGCAAGACAUUACAGAGAGAGAUGGAGAUUUGAGAGACAGAGAGAGAUGGAGAUUUGCCUUGAGGGAUGAAAUUUCAAAUUGGUUUCCUAAUUUCUUUUGAGAAGGAUAUUUCUGUCUUCAAUUAUACUGAAAAGUGCCUUAGGGGGAUACUGAAAACAAAAAGUGUUUUGGGGUAAUGAGGGCAUCUAGGGGGAUUCCGUAAUGUUCCCUUUUUCCCCCUUUUCUCAUUGCAUGCAUGCAAGUGGGUUUGUGUUUGUCAUAUAUGCAUGCAUUCAUUUGGAUAGUAAUAUAUGCAUACACGGAUUCAAUGUGUAGGUGCAGUUUUUGAUAUGGAUAUAUCUGUAAACACAAUACAUGCAUGCCUACAGGCCUACACUCGUGUACCUAUUGAAAAUAAUUUACUGUAUCGAGGAUUUGAAAUAUGAUUGGUUAUCUUCUGCCUCCUUGCUACCAUGAAUGCAUUUAAGCUCUGAAAAUAGAGUCUUUUCACGACAUCACCCUAUGUAGAUUGUAUGGGUAGAUUGUUGUUUUAAAGAUACAAUCAGUUAUUAUGGAUACCUUUUUUAUAUUGGUUUCUUGGCUUGCAUCAUUGUUGCCUAUCUCUUGAUUAAUUUGUUUGAGAUUCACUUCAACCUUGUGUUCAGUUUAAGGACAUAAGCAUUUGUUUGUCAUAUGUAUUUUUUUUACCCAGUUGUUAUCAUGUUCUGUAGUCUCAAGCUGUUCAAUUUAUGUUGAACAGCUUGAGACUUCUGUAAUCUACAGUUCUGAUAAUUAUUGUAUUGAUAUUGGCAAUUUUGAUUGAUAUAGGUCGCCUUGAAUCUAGAGUGCACUCAAAUAGUGGGUAACCAAUUCAAUUGUCUUACCUGACGCUUGCAAUACCUAGCUGUCCAGAUAUUCAUAUAAUUUAAAAUGAAAAUAAUAGAGGCUAAUGCUGGGAAUCUUACAAAUUUUGAAGUUCUGGACUUCUUGAGAUCUAGAGGGGCAACUAAGCUUGGCUCUGCAGCUCCAUCGGAGUGCAAGGUAUUUGAUUAUCUGGAACAAACUGCUGCUGCAAACCAAAGUAGAGAAAGUAUUGCAGAAUUUCUGAAAAGAUCUGAAAAAUAUGAUCUGACAAAAGCUGAAAAGCUUCAAACUAUCAACCUUAGGCCAACAACCCCCGUAGCAGUAUAUGUGAUAAUAGAGGAGUGUGGCCAGCGGUUUGAUGAUGAGCAGGUUUCAGAGUUUGCAGAGAUGGUGGAGGAGGUGCUGCCAGGCCCUCCGGCGAACUCAGGAGCAAUGGAAGUGGAUCAGCCGUCGCAAUAAGCUUGCAUGUAUUUUGUUGAAGGUGCAAUGCCCUCCAUAUUACCAUUUUCCCUGUAUUUUGUUGAAGGACACAUGAAUGUUACACUGCACUUUCUUAGAAGCUCAGUAGUUUGAACUUCAACGACUUGCUUCUCCA